AUGGGUAAUGUAUGCUGCGGUGGCGGAAACUCGGAGGUGUUGGCGCGACAAGAACUGCUCAAAGAGGGCAACGAUUUCAAGAAAAAGAGCGCUUUUCUAGGAGUGCUCAGCAGAUCUGAAAACGUCUACUUGCAGCUAAACCCGUCGGGUACCAGACUGAUGUGGCGACAAACACCCGGUCCAAGUAGCUCCGAAGAAUUGCCGAUUUAUCGGGUUGGCAAAGUAUGUCCGAUGGGUCGUCUUGAUCUGGUGCUUCUCGGUCAGAAUGGCCAGAAAUUGCUUGAAUUGACAGCAGGAACGACGGAUGUCCGAGACCUGUGGGUGCAGACGUUGGAAGAGCUUUGUCUUCCCGGUCAAGAAAAUCAGAGUGAGGAGGACGCGAAAAGCUUAAAAGAAAAAAUGGAGAAGCAGCAGGAUAAGCAGAAGGAGCAAUAUUGGAAAGAUCGAACGGAGGAAUUGGAGAAACGACGACGCGAUGCUGAAGAACGCAAGAAGAAGAUUGGCGUUAUUGGAAUGAAAUACACCGCCCAAGCGAUGGUGAACAGAUAGGCUAAGGCAGUAGAGAUUAGUUCUCUC